GUAGUAGGAGGGGGAUCGGGGAGCCGCGCGAGAGAACCUGAGCGUGGAGGGCACCGGCGGAGCCCAGCCUCCCUGCCCAGCCACGGCACCGAGAGCCACACCGGGCUCGGAGGCGCAGAGCCGGACAGACCCGUUGAGCGUCGCACGGGAGGCGCCCGAACCCGAGGCGCGCCCAGCUCGGCCGGAACCCACAAGGCAGCUGCCUCUCCUCCUCCGCUCCAACCAUGUCGCCCUCCCGGGCAACGGCUCGCUGAGCCUGGAUCGCACCUCUCCUCCGCCCCGAUGUCGGGUCCCCGCAGCGCCUUGCAGGCCUGGUGCCGCCGCCAAUGCGAGGGCUACCCCGGCGUAGAGAUCCGCGACCUCAGCAGCUCCUUCCGGGAUGGCCUGGCCUUUUGCGCCAUCCUCCAUAGGAACCGGCCUGAUUUGCUGGAUUAUGAAUCGCUUUCUAAGGAGAAUGUAUAUGAGAACAACCGCCUGGCAUUUGAGAUAGCUGAGCAGGAACUGGGGAUCCCCGCCCUGCUGGAUCCCAGCGACAUGGUCUCCAUGAAGGUCCCUGACUGUCUCAGCAUCAUGACUUAUGUCUCCCAGUAUUACAACCAUUUUAACAACCCCAGCCAAGCAGCCAAGGUCCCUCCAUCGAUGAAGCGCCCGCUGGUUGCCUCCUCGCCGACUCUGGCAGCCCACAGGCCUGUGACUGCUUCUGGGAUGACAUCAGUAGCCCAGGAUGAUGUUUCUGAAGGCUUAGCAGAGCGGUCCCAGAGGACCACCCUUAGCAGCACUUGUGCAGCUUGCCAAAAACAUGUUCAUCUGGUUCAGCGCUACCUGGCUGAAGGCAGACUCUACCACCGUCAGUGCUUCAGGUGUAAGGAAUGCUCCAGCACACUUCUCCCUGGAUCCUACAAGCCUGGACCCGAACUGGGCACCUUUGUGUGUACUGAGCAUUGUGGCAAACUGGGCCUCAGUGUGAGAAGAGAGCGCAGGCCAAGUCCAGAUCUUCAGCAUGUCAGAGAACUCCAAGGGACUGAGGGAAUGAGUACUUGCACGGAGGAAGAGAAUGGAGUACUGGAGAGCUGCCCAUCGGCCACAGAACAGAAGGGAAAAAUGGGGGAGAGAGCAGCUGAUGGAGAUGAGUCACAGACUGAGAUGCCUCUUUCCCAGCCUAGGAGUGAAAUGCUCAGUUCAACUCCCAGCACUGAACCUUGCUCCCAGAUGCCAUCCAGGCCUCCGUUGCCAGCCAAACCAGCCAUGCUCAUCCAGGAAAAAGGUAGCCAGCAAUUUGGGCAGCUCAAGGAGACCAGACCCACCCCUGCCCCUCGGAAGAGCACAGACACUACAGCCCUCUCGCCCCCAAACUCCCACCCUGUUCCAAGGCCCAGAGCCAACGUGCAGAGCGAGGGCUCCAGUGAGCCAGCAUCCAGCCUGGUCAAUGGCAGGCCUUCUGAGCUGUCUCCACCAGUUCCGAAACCCAGAGGCAGGCCCACAUCCUCAGACCGAACUGGAGAAUCUCCAAGGCCAAAAGACCCUCCAUGGAUUGUGUUGGUCCAGGGGGAGCCCAAAAAGAAGCCUGCUCCUCCGCCACCAAGCAGUAGCAAGGAGCCUCCAACAAGGACUUUGGAAGAGGACAAAGGCGGUGAAGAGGAAGUAGGGGAGGCUGAGAGAAGAGAAGGAAAGCCCACAGUGAGGGAGCCAAAGCCCUAUAACCCCUUUGAGGAUGAUGAUGAGGAGGAGGAGCAGAAAUCAGUCAUGCCACAGAGUACUGAAAAACAAGAGCCAGGAGAGAGCGAGGCCUCAUCCAGGAUUGCUCACCCCUGGUAUGGCAUCACCCCCACCAGCAGCCCCAAGAUCAAGAAGCGGCCAGCUCCAAGGGCCCCCAGUGCCUCUCCGCUUGUUCACCAUCCCGUUUCCAGAAUCUCCCACUCCGAGCCAUCGUCUUCCACCCCAUCCCCUGCCCUUAGCCUGGAGAGCAUCACGUCUGAGUGUUUAGCCAAGGCUGCUGACAACCUGGAGGAGACCUCCGUGCCCAAGAGCUCCUCUGAGCCUAUGGUCCACGCUCCAGCUGCUUCUGUUGUCGUCUCUUGCUCAGACCCUCCACUUGCCAGCGUGUCCUCCAGGGAGAGCCCUGCAGCUCUGCCCAGUGGUUCCACUGGCUCCUCCCUUUCAUCAUCCAGUGAUUUGGCUGGUGAUGGCCAAGAGGCACAGGGGAGGAAUUUUCAGACUACACCAAGCUGCUCAUCUGGGAAUUUGGACGCCAGCCCUGGGCGAGUCUCCCCGAGGCUUCCCCCCAGUGCCACUCCCACUCCCAUCCUCUUGGCUUCAGAUCUGAGUGGCAGAGCUGCCACAAAUUCUCCCUCACCCAAAGCACAGCCAAAGUCAUCCUGCAAAGAGAAUCCCUUCAACCGGAAGCCGUCGCCUGUUGCCUCCCCCUCUAUUAAGAAAACCCCAAAGGGACCCAAGCCCGCAAGGCCUCCUGCUCCUGGACAUGGCUUUCCUUUGAUCAAACGGAAGGUUCAGUCAGACCAGUAUGUCCCAGUGGAGGAUAUCUAUGGUGAGAUGGACAGCAUAGAGCAGCAGCUGGAUGAGCUGGAGCACCGAGGAGUUGAGCUAGAGAGGAAGCUCCGCAGCAUGGAGAAUGAUGUCCCUGAAGAUGGCUUGCUGGUUGACUGGUUUAAACUUAUCCACGAGAAGCACAUGCUGGUGCGACGGGAGUCUGAACUCAUCUACAUUUUUAAGCAGCAAAACUUGGAGCAGCGUCAGGCUGAUGUGGAGUAUGAACUCCGGUGUCUCCUCAAUAAACCUGAAAAAGACUGGACAGAUGAGGACCGAGUGAGGGAGAAGGUGCUGAUGCACGAGCUUGUGACCAUUAUCGAACAACGGAAUGCCAUCAUCAACUGCCUGGAUGAGGACCGGCAAAGGGAGGAAGAGGAAGAUAAAAUGUUGGAAGCCAUGAUUAAAAAGAAAGAAUUUCACAAGGAAGCUGAGGCAGAGAGCAAGAAGAAAGGAAAAUUCAAGCCCAUGAAAGUGUUGAAGCUGCUUGGGAACAAACACGACUCAAAGAGCAAGUCACCCAAGGAGAAAAGCUAAAGCAGGUUGCAGCCAGACAUGGAGAGCACUGUCUUGUACUCUCAGACUGCACCAGCUGAUUGGCUGGGUACCUGGCAAAAUAGGACUUGUGGCCUCUUCCUCUUUUAUUUUUAAGAAGCUGUGCCUCGCCAUACACCAAAGAUGGUUUUUUCCUGGAGAAAUUCAGUUGACUUCCAUCAAGAGAUGCUUCUUUGCCUAGUAAAGGGAGAGGCCUGGUAGGUCAAAACAACACUGAAAAUAAAGGAGGGACAGACUUGGAAGAGGAAGCUAACUUGUUCCUUCAGGGUAGGGUGGGGGCUGAGGUGGGGAUGGGAAAGUGAAAUAGCAUCAAACUUCUUCAAUUGUGUGUGUGUUCUUAUUGUUAAUGGUUCCUGGCAGUCCAGGAUUUGAGUGUCUGUGGGAAACCUUGCACUAAUUGUCCCCCUUCUCUAACUGUGAUAGUCACGUGUGCCUCAUAUCCCUCUCCUUUGGGGAGGAGACCUUCUGUAGCAGUCUGGGAGCCUCCUCUUCCCUGCCCCAAAUCCCUUUUAUCUUUACCUUUUUGUCCCAAAUAUAAAUCUCUCCCACUAUGGUCAAUUGAAAAGCCUCUGAGUUUUCAGAGCAGGGUUUAUUUAUUUAUUUUGUUGGCAUAAACUGUUAAAACUAGAAUGAUCACAGAAAAUGCUUCUUAAUCAUAUAGAAGAAGCCAAAAAUCUAACUAGCGCCCUAUUUCUAGAGGCCUUUCCCACACCAAAGGAGGAUGUGCUAUGGAUGCUCACUCUCUUGGAAACAUUUUCAAAAGUAUGGAAGAAAGGUUAAGGCAGCUGUCUCAAACCCUGUGCCCUCCAGAUGUGUUGGACUGUAACCCAUCAUCUCCUACCAGAAGCCAUGAUGGUACAAGAAGGUGGAAGUUGUCUGGCGAUCACCAGCUUGGGGAAGACUAUGUUAAGAGGAUGGUAUUUGUGCGGGUCUCAUUGGCCCUUUAAACCCUCUUGAUUGCUGCUGCUAAUUUCAUCCAUGGUGCUCCUCAGGGGACACAGGGACUGGGAAGGGAUCAAGAAUUCCCUGUCUACUGGUAAGGCGUAAGAGGAUGUCAAGAUAUACUUAAUGCCAUAAGGCUUCUUUUUGCCUUGUUCAUCAGUGCUGUCCUUAGCCUAUCUGGGAGGGAUCUCAGUUACUCCUCCCCAAGCUUGAUCUGUAUAUAUUUUUCUAAGUGUGCAAGAGAGUUCUUUCUGUAGGUUUUUUUUUAAACAAACUUCCAAACUCCACCCCUCCCCCCAAUUCCAGCUCUUUGGUGUGUGCGUGCGUGCGUGCAUGUGUGUGCAAGUGUGCAUGCUGGAAGGGAAGUCAUGUCUUUCCUCCUUCCUUUCUGCCUUCUCCUCUUAGUCGAGGAGCUAUUUAUUGAGAUGUAUAAUUGCUUGGUCUGAGUUAAACACUGACAGUAUUGUAAGUGUUGGUUAGUCAGCUGUUAGUCUUGAGUUCCUGUUAGCAGAGUAGACUACCAGCCCAGAGCAAAUUGCUGUGCUGCCUUAUCCAAAUACAAUGACUUUUGAGAAGUCCCUCCUGCGACAUUCAGCUUCAGCCAUUCCAGAAAGGGAUCUGAGUUCAUCAGUGAUACCAGCAUCUGGAGAAGGCCAUGUUCUAAAUUCCAUAGCAGGGGAUUAGAGCCACUAUCAGCCUCCUGCUCCCCACAGCGAAGUCACCCUGGAUUUGAUCCCAAAGCACAACUUUUCCCUUUAUAAACAAUACAAAUCAGUGUUUCAAAUGCCAUCAGACUGGCUCCCAUCAGAGAUCCCCACACCCUCUUGGACAUAAUGACACUGUAUUAACUGCAAUCUCCACUGACAUGCAGGGAACUGAUAAAUAAGUAAAAUAAUUGUAUUUAA